AUGAUCAACCACGCCGCUCACGCGUUCGAGGAGGAGUGCGUGCCGGAGUCGUUCAAGGAGUCGUACGACGCGUACGCGUUGAUGUUCGCGAUGGUUGCGGCAAUACUGAUGCACGCACUGGACGUGUCCUUGGACCUGACGUUUGCAAGCACCAAAAAGUCCACGCCCGCUUCGGAGCCUGCCAAGAUUGAGGAAGGUAUUCUUUCUGGGGAGCGCGUUGGCUCUUCGAGUGGCGAGGAGGAUUGCUGCGGCCACCACAGCCACGCGGGUGCUAUCGUCUCUCAGGGGAGGGCCCAGCGGGUUGCUUCUGCUCUGUUCAUGGAGUUCGGCGUGACGCUACACAGCGUGUUCAUCGGGCUGACGGUGGGUAUCUCAAGUGACGCAGACACGAAGGCACUUCUUGUGGCGCUUGCGUUUCACCAGAUGUUCGAGGGCCUUGCGCUUGGCUCGCGUCUUGUAGACGCAUCGAUGCGCCUGACACUGGAGUUGCUGCUUGCGCUGAUCUUUUCCAUCUCUGCGCCGCUGGGUGCCGCAAUUGGACUGGGCGCCGUGGAAGGCUCGAAGGUAUCAGUGACGGGGACAUCUUUCGUGCUGUUACAGGCGAUCUUCGAUUCUCUGUGCGGCGGCAUCCUGCUGUACCUCGGCUUCGUCCUCAUGCUCAGCGAUUUCUCGGCGGACCUUCGGAAGCACGCGGGUGAAGAGGCAGCGCACCGCAUCUGGAAGCGGAUUGGGAUGUUCGCCGCGCUCUGGGCCGGUGCCGGCAUAAUGGCGGGGAUCGGGAAGUGGUUGUGA